GCUUGUGGGGAGGGAGGGAGGGAGGGAGGGAGGUGCAGACGCAGCCGCGAUGCCGGUGCGGCCCUGCCUGUCCCGCAGGCUCCGCUGCCCGGCUCGGGAAUGCCGGGCAUGGGAGGGGCCGUGGCAGGGCCCUCAUUCACCCGAGGCUCCGCAGCGGGCAGGCGGGAUGCCGGAGCUGCUGGCGGAGCUGCAGGACGCCGUGGGCUCCCAGCUGGGUGUCACUCAGGCCCAGGCAGGCUCCGGGGAGCUGCGUCUGGUGGGCGGCGGCGGGCGCUGUGCCGGGCGCGUGGAGGUGAAGCACGGCGGUGAGUGGGGCUCCGUGUGCGUCUUCGACUACGACUGGGAAGCUCUCUGGGCCGUGGUGGUGUGCCGGCAGCUGGGCUGUGGCCGGGUGGCCAGCUCGUCCCCGUACGCCCCGUUCGGGCAGGGCAGUGGGCGGAUCUGGCUGCAGCCCUUCUUCUGCCGAGGCGCCGAGGAUACGCUGGAGGAGUGUCGGCACUUCGGAUGGGGACGGCACUUCUGCGGCCACGAGCGGGACGUGGGGGUGACCUGCACAGAUGCCGUGGAGCUGAGGCUGGCGGGCGGCAGCAGUGCCUGUGCCGGGAGGGUGGAGGUGAAGCUGCAGGGACAGUGGGGCUCGGUGGGCGACAACGACUGGGACAUGGAGGACGCCGAGGUGGUUUGCCAGCAUGUGGGCUGUGGCUCGGCUUCCGGUGCCUACUACGCCCGUGACACCUUCGGUUUAGGGGGCUGGCUCGUCAGCCUGGUCCAGGUGGACUGCAGUGGGAACGAGGCCACACUUUGGGACUGCAAGAUCCGUAGCUGGGGACUCUAUAACAGCAGCGUCCAUUAUUGGGACGCUGCCGUUGCCUGCCAAGGGUUCUCCCGGCUAGUCGGAGGUGAUGGAGCCUGUGCCGGGCGUCUGGAGGUGCGUCAGGGCCGGGCCUGGGUCGGUGUCUGUGAGGAUCAGGUGGACAUGAAGGCGGCCCAGGUGGUGUGCAGGGAGCUGGGCUGCGGUGAGGCGCUCGCCAUCCCUGGCCGUGCUGGAUUUGGGAGAGGAUCAGGAUCAUUCUGGGACAGGGGCUUCCAGUGCAAUGGCAGCGAGCCCCUCCUCAGUGCCUGUGCCCGGCGUCCGGCCCACAGGCAGGGCUGCACCGGCCCUGCCAGCGUCACCUGCUCGUCCUACACGGGCUUCCGGCUGGGCAACAGCAGCUCGGGAUGCUCCGGGCGAGUGGAGGUGGCGGUGCGGGGCACGUGGGGAUCCGUCUGCGCCAGCGAGUGGGACCUGGCCGACGCGCACGUCCUGUGCCGCCAGCUGGGCUGCGGCCGCGCCUUCAGCGUGCCCCCGGGAGGCUCCUUCGGCAGCGGGGAGGGGCCGCUGCGGCCGGACGCCUUCGGCUGCAGCGGGAGCGAGCGGCACCCGGGCGAGUGCCCCGUGGCCGUGCUGGGGAAGCCGCCCUGUGCGCCGGGAAACGCCGCCGCCGUCAACUGCUCAGGCAGUGUCGAGUCCCUGCGGCUGGUGGAAGGUGAGACCCGGUGCGAUGGGUUUCUGGAGAUGGCCGUAAGCACCGGGGCGUGGCACCGUGUACCAGGAGAGGUUUCGCCCGUACGGAAUUUCAGCAAAGUGUGCUGGGAGCUGGGCUGUGGAGGACUGGACAGGACUGAUGCUGUCCAUGGUCAGAUCUACCUGUUGGAUGUCAACACGACGGAGAAGCCCAUGACAGAACGGGUGAUUCCAACCAUCAUGGACACGACCCGCAAUGUGACCACUGGGACAAUUGGCGAUGAUAAUUUUGGGUAUGAAAGGGAAUUUGUCACGACUGCAGCAGCUGACAUCCCUCAUGGGAGCUACACUGUGUGCUCAGGUGGGUGUUGCGAGAGGGGCCGGAGGUGGCGGUGCCCCAGGCAGCCACCCCAGCCCAUGCCUUCCGUGCCCACAGGCAGCCGGCAGGUGAGGCUGGUGGGGAGCUCUGGGCGCUGUGCCGGGCGCGUGGAGGUCUAUUCCGGUGGCAGCUGGAGCUCCGUGUGCCAGGAAGGCUGGGACCUGCAGGACGCCGCCGUUGUCUGCCGGCAGCUGGGCUGUGGCAGGGCACUGGAUGCGCCGAGCUCGGCACGCUCGGGCGCCGUCCCAGGGCCGCUGUGGCCGUACAUCCCCGACUGCUCCGGGUCCGAGGAGUCUCUCUGGGAAUGCGGGCGCACGGAACGGCGCCAGUGCGGGCGCGGCGGCGGGGCAGGGGCCGUCUGCUCAGGUCAGUGCCGGGCACCCCCAGAUCAGGGCCCAGCAGAGGCCCCGGGGGGUUCCUGGCCGUGCCGUGACCCCCCUGCACCCCUUGCAGAGCAGCUCUCCGUGCGGCUGGCAGGAGGCCACGGGCGCUGCCGGGGCUACCUGGAGGUGUCCUACAACGGCACCUGGGGCCGCGUGUGCGCCAGCGGCACCAGCAGCGGCACCGCCGCCGCCGUCUGCCGCCAGCUGGGCUGUGGGGACCAGGGCUCGCUCUCACCUGUCCCCUCCCAGCAGCCAUCCCUUGCGUGGCUGGCCUGGGUGGGCUGUGAGGACGGGGCCCGCUCGCUCUGGGGGUGCCCCUCGGCCCCCUGGCACCUGCAGAGCUGUGGCACCGACGGGUACGCACAAGUGGAGUGUGAGGAGGACAGUGAUGGCACCUCUGAUGGACACAGCGCCCCAUAUCCAGAGGGUGCCACCAGCACAGGUAGCUCUGCCCGUGCCUGCAUCCCCCACAGCGGGCUGGCUGGGAUCCCCCUCCCCUCAGUGCCUGCCCGUGUCCCCACAGGUGUCCCCAGCAGAACGCCCUCAGCAGUGGCCCUGGGGACUGUGCCUGUGCCCACUGUGCUGUGCGUGGUGCUGGGGAUGCUGCUGUGCCUGUCCCUGGGUGCCCUGGCCCUGCUGCUGUGCCGUGCCCGUGCCCGACGCCGAGGCCCUGGCAAAGCUGCAGAUGCCACCUCCAUCGCUGUCUACGAGGAGCUGGAUUACAAAGCCAUGCCAGAGUACCAGGAGGUGCCCACUCCCCCAGGUUCCCUGUCGGAGGGAUGGGUGAAGAAGCUGCCGUAUUACACCGGGGACAGCGUGGAGGGGAGUGACUCUGAGGCAGCACCAGAUCCCCCUGCCCAGCCCGAGCAAGGAAGCCCGGAUGGCUACGACGAUGCCCUGGAUGUGCCACAGGAGGCCCCUGCUCCCAGCACGGGGGACAUCUCUGAGGGAGUGGCACGGCAGAAGUGGAUCUGUGUCCUCCCCACAGGUGGGAUCUCGUCCCCUCCAAGUUCCCCAGGAGCCACCAAGGACCCCACGGAUCAGCCCCCUGGGCACAUGGACUAUGAUGAUGUGGGCUGCAGCGCCCUGGGGACACUGCCGUGAGGAUGUCCUGGCCAUGCCACAGCCCUGGGGACACGUGUGUGGCAGUGUGGUGGGGCCCUGCCCAUGGAAGUCAGCCCUCGCUGUCCAGCACUGCAGGAAAGCAGCUCCUGUGUAGGGAUUUUCUUUGAUUUCAGUGUGAAUUUCCCUUUUUUCCUAUUAAAAUCCAAACUGGUCAGAGACUCAC